ACCGGUGCGGCUCUCAGGUGAUGAAACAAACCCUCCCACCGGACUCCAGCGGACCAUCUUCACACGCAGGUAGCUUCGUCACCUGGAUCUGACUUCACUGUGUAGACUGAGACGAACCGAAGCUACUUCAGGAACUUUGAAGUGAAUGGACGACUGCAGCAGCAGCCAGGAUGAUCCCAGUGGGUGAAUUCAGAAACCUCGGCACGGAGCAGAACUCGAAGCUUCGGGUCCUGAAACCGUGGUGGGAUGUUUUCUCAGAAUACCUGUGCAUCGCUAUGCUCAUGCUCGGAGUCUUUGGGUGCACCUUGCAGCUCACCCAGGACAAGAUUGCGUGUCUUCCCAGCCCCUUCACCAGCCCAACACCUGAGGCCAUCGACUGCAGCUACAUCCGGACCUACAGGGAAAACGUGACGGCGCAGUACACGCUGGUCACCCCCGGGAACCCCAUCAUCCAGGAGGUUUUCGGCCGCAAGAACAACCUAGACAUUCACCAAUACGUGUUUGUCAACCAUUAUUGCUACGAGAGGUUUGUCCACUGGUUUGCCAAGUACUUCCCCUACCUGGUUGUGAUCCACACUAUGAUCUUCAUGGUGGCAAGCAGCUUCUGGUUCAAGUUCCCUGGCACAUCUUCUAAAAUUGACCUCUUUGUCACCAUUCUUGGCAAAUGCUUUGACUCACCCUGGACCACGAGGGCCCUGAGUGAAGUUUCUGAGGAGAGAGGAGAGGAGAAACUGGUUAGCUGGAGGAGGAACACCAUGUCGAAAGAUUCCACAGAACAACGACCAGACGAAGAGGAGGCCGGUGGGCUUCUUAUGCGCUCCUCCUCUGUCAAGUCUAAUCCAGAAAAGAAGAGUCCAGAACCUCAGUCUUCCCCCUCUUUGUUAGAUAAGAAGGAAGGAGAGCAGGCCAAAGCUCUUUUUGAAAAGGUGAAGAAGCUUCGGACUCAUGUAGAGGAGGCGGACAUCUUGUAUCACAUGUAUGUGCUACAGACAUCACUGAAAGUCUUUAAGUUCCUUUUAAUCAUCGUUUACACUGCAGUGUUGGUACCCAACAUUCAGAUAGUUGUGCGCUGUUAUGUCCCUCCUGAGCUGACUGGCUUUGACAUCUAUUGCUGCAACCACAACAAGGCCCAUCUCUUCUCUAAACUUGCCUACUGCUACAUCUGCUUUGUGGGAGUGUACGGUAUUCUGUGCAUCUACACGCUCUACUGGCUCUUCCACCGGCCUCUAAAGGAGUACUCCUUUGACCAGGUCAGACUGGAGACAGGCAUUAAUGACAUACCAGAUGUGAAGAAUGACUUUGCCUUCCUCCUGCAUCUUGUGGACCAAUAUGAUGCUCUUUACUCUAAAAGAUUUGCUGUUUUUCUGUCUGAAGUCAGUGAGAGUCGCCUCCAUCAGCUUAACCUCAACUAUGAGUGGACCGACAAAAAACUGCGCACCCGUCUUACCAAGAACUCCAGCAACCGUCUGGAGCUCCACCUGUUGAUGCUGCCAGGGCUUCCUGACACAGUCUUUGAGCUAACUGAAAUGGAAUCGCUCAAACUGGAGCAGGUUAACAAUGUCACCAUCCCGCAUAGUGUGGCAAAGCUGGACUCUCUCCAGGAGUUGUCGCUGAUCUACUCCCCUGCAAAGCUCCAGCUGCCUGCCCUGAACCACCUCAAGGAACAUUUAAAGGUCCUGCGUCUAGCUUUUGAAAGUUUAGAGGAGGUGCCUGUGUGGAUGUACAUCUUACAUGGCCUGGAGGAGCUGCACCUGAGCGGUCCUUUAACCAAUGACGUGUACAAAAGUGUCACCUUGGACUCCCUUCGAGAGCUGAGAUCUUUAAGAGUCCUCACCCUCCGCUCCAACCUUGCCAAGAUCCCACCCGGUGUAGGGGAUGUUGCGAUGCAGCUGCAGCGACUGUGCAUCCACAAUGAAAGUGUCAAGCUCCAAGCUUUUAGCAGCCUGAAGAAGUUGACCAACCUAGUUUCACUGGAGUUAGUGGGCUGCGAGUUGGAGCGCAUCCCAAGCGCUGUUUUCAGCCUGAACAACCUGCAGGAGUUGGACCUGAAGGAGAACAAACUGAGCACUGUGGAGGAAAUCCUGAGCUUACAGCACUGCCAGCGUUUGGUAACGCUCCGACUGUGGCACAAUAAAAUCGCUUACAUCCCUGAUCAUAUCAGCAAGCUGCACACUCUGGAGACACUGGACAUCAGCUGGAACAAGCUACGAAAGCUUCCCUCUCGGCUGUUCUACUGCACUAAACUCAGGCACCUCGACAUCUCUCACAAUCAGCUCACCUCUCUGCCUCCUGAAGUCAGCAUCCUGCAGGGCCUUCAGUUCUUCUCUGCAGCUUUCAACUCCUUAGAGACACUGCCAGAGGAGCUGUUUUCCUGUAAAAGGCUAAAAACACUGGUUCUUGGUAACAACUGCCUGUCAUACCUUAGCUCUAGAGUGUCAAACCUGGCCCAGCUGGUUCGACUGGAUAUUAAAGGAAACCGUCUGGAGUCUCUACCUCUGGAGAUCGUGGAUUGUCCCCUGCUGCGUCACAGUGGGUUGAUAGUGGAGGACAACCUGCUUGAUCUGCUGCCAGCAGAUGUACGAAACAAGUUGACUCAAAGCUGAGUUUGUAGAGCUUAGGCUUGUGAGAGACUCUUCUUUUCUCAUUGUGGCAUGGAGGCCGAUGGUGUUCUGGCUUGCCCAGAGAAAACAGACUAUUUACAAAAUACUAACACAUGCAUAUUGGUGGAAUUUUUACAUGAAACAGAUCAAAAAGGUAAAGCAUAACCAUUAUCAUGAAAUGUAUGUUCAAAUCUGUCAAUAAAAGGACAAUCAAGUAGGACAUUUUUUAUGCAUUUUGCUAAAAAUACCUUUUUUAACUAAUAUUUUACUAAGUAGGUGUCCUGUAAAUACAUUAUAUUUUUUACAAAACUGUGUUUUCAUGUAGCUGGUUUUACUGGUGUAGAUCACACAGUAAAGUAAAGCUUACUUUAGAGUCAGGUUACUAGUAUGUGUGGGUGAAACAAAGGCUUGGCUCUAAACAGAGUGAGCAAGCCUUGACCUUCAAAUGUUCUGGUUGAACAUUUUCACUUAGACUUGUAUUUUGUUUGUUUUGCUCUGUAUGUUGGACAGGUUUAUGCAGCACGAAGAAGUGUUUCCUACCAUGUGGUGACUCAUGUUGUACCCUUUUGAGAAAGAAAACCUCUCAGUAGUUAAAUGAAAGGUGCUCAUCCCUCUGUUUACAUAUUCAGUCGAAUGGAGGAAAGAAUGAAUUCAUGCAUGACGUUAUGAAUCCGACUCAGUGUGAUAUUCAUUUAGAGCAAGAAGGAAGAUAAGACUACUGUUUUUAAGAUGCCUUUUGGAUGAGUAAAAUCUUUUUUUCAAAACUUCAACAAAUUUGAGACUCCCUAAAAUGUACCUUCUGUGUCUUUGUUUUAUUUUUUACUCACUAGUCAGCACAAUUGAACUAUAAAAUAAAAUUUACUAUAAAAUAUGGAAGAAACUGAGUAGCUUCCAGAUGAUUAAAGGAGUAAGACACUACUUUAUCUAAAAUAUUCAACUAAUUUUAUGUUAUUUUAUUGCACAGUAUUUCUCUGUUGAUAUAAAAGAUUGAUGCGAAUGAAAAGACAGAAACAAACUGAAACAAAGCAAUAAAUUGACUUCAGUUUACUGCUGGCUUUCCCAUUGCUAAACUGGAGGUCAUUGUAGUUAUUGGGUUUAGUAUAGCAAGUGUUGCAAUGCUUUGAAUUGGAAACAUUUUACUUGCAAAUUUUUUGCGUUCCUCUUUUACAGACAAAUGCAUGCUUGUUCUCUGCAUUCUUUCCUUCUUUCCUCCUUCUUGCUCAUUGUACCAGUAUCUAAAAAACUCAGACACGCGUAACAGCCCGUUCUCCUCAGCCAGAACUGCAGUACAGUCAUGUUCUGACUUGCAUGGCUCUAAAAAGGGAUUCUGUCAGUCAGUGUACGGACAUACCUCUGUGAUACUCAGGCUUACACUGGCCUGUACAAACGUCAAAGAAAACCUUGUGUUUUCUUUGCUUUUAUAUUUCAUAUCUGAGGAAAAUUAAGAGCUUGUAAAAAAAAAAACUAAAAAACAACUGAAACAAAGAAGCUGCACAGUAGGACCUGAAUGUCUUAAUACUUCGUAAAUCAUUCCCCCAUUUCUUUUCCUCUCACUUAAAGUAGCAGCCAAGUGUGUCAUCAGUAUUAACCAAAGCAAGAAUGUUGCUUUAAGUUGGCCGACUGAAGGUGUGAAAGAGUGUGAUGCUGCUACCAUGUGCCAUCAGACCUGGUUGCAAGAUUUACAUUUGGAACGCUGGAUUAUUUAGUGUCUUAAAGCAACAGAAGUUCUAAUUAUUACAAAGUUAAACAGGUCAAGAUUCAGUUCCUGCAGGCUGUGAAUCUGUGAAGUCUGAUAAAGUGAGUUGAAUUUAAUUUAAUAAAGCCUAACAGAGCA